AGGAGCUACAAGCACUUGGAAGACCGCGCAACGGUGUUAUUGUACUUGCCAGUCAUUAUCUACCUUUGCUGCAAAUAGAAGGCUAGGGUUUGACGUAGUGUCAAGAUGGGUAAAGAUCCAAGGAAGCCCAGAGGGAAGAUGUCCUCGUAUGCUUACUUUGUGCAGCACUGUCGUGAAGAGCACAAGAAGAAACAUCCAGAUGCUACUGUCAACUUCUCUGAAUUCUCUAAGAAAUGCUCAGAGCGAUGGAAGACUAUGUCUCCCAAAGAAAAAGGUAAGUUUGAGGAUAUGGCCAAACAGGACAAACUCCGCUACGAAAGAGAGAUGAAGAAUUAUGUCCCACCCAAAGGGGAGAAGAAGAGACGAUUUAAGGAUCCCAAUGCUCCCAAAAGACCACCGUCUGCAUUCUUCAUCUUUUGUGGUGAUCACCGCCCAAAGAUCAAGGGAGAGAAUCCUGGGCUGUCCAUUGGUGACAUUGCUAAGAAACUAGGAGAGAUGUGGAACAGCUCCUCUGCAGAGGUGAAGCAGCCCUAUGAAAAGAAGGCAGCAAAGCUGAAGGAGAAAUAUGACAAGGAUAUUGCUGCCUACCGUACAAAGGGAAUUGCAGGAUUGUCCAAAAAGGCAGCAGCUGAUGACGAAGAGGAGGAGGAUGAUGAUGAGGAGGAGGAAGAGGAGGAGGAGGAAGAGGAUGACGAGUAGAUUAGCUACUGAUGGAGCCUAGAUUCUUGUUCAUGCCAUAAACCCAAUUGUACACGAUUCACAUCUUCAAACGUAAUGCAGCAGAGACAAGAAUUGUUAGGCUGUGUAUAUGAGACGUUUUUAAGAUGUACAGUGUUAUUCUCCUUUUGUAAAGUUAACACUAUGUGUCUUCAGUCCUUUUUUUUUAUUAUUAUUAGUGGUAGUUCUUGCCCGAAACAGUAAGGGGGGGGAUAAUAGCGAGUUGGAAGUAACUGUUUCUCUGAAGGUGCAUAGCACAAUUAUCUGGUUUAUCUGUAGAUCUGUAGUGCAUUAUCAUAUUAGUUUUUAAAACGUUUUUCGUAUUUGCCGUCAUAAGGUCCUUUAACUGUACUUUGAAUACCACUCUAAUUACAAGAAUGCAGCUUUGGUUGACAUUCAAGAAUGUGUCUGAAAUAAACAUUUCUUU